GGUGGAGAAGUACAUAUUAUAUCGAGCGGGGAUAGGAGGGGUGAACUGGACGGUUUUGGAUUGACAAUCAUAACAUCGUGAGCCUCAAGGCUCCGAGUCAAUCAAGAUGCCUCCAUAUAUUGUCCCUGGCGCAGAUGUCGUCGACAACGCCUCCGAUGGCACGAGGACUCUUGUGUCGCGAGCAUCCACCAAAACAGCCGUCGUAGGAGGACAAGGAACCAUAAGCCCGGACAAAAUAAACAUGCAAGGAAUGCUUGCCCUCUUCGCGAUCUUAGGAGCAGCCUUCGUUCUUGCAACCAUUUGGUUCUUCUUCUGGGCUAAGAAUGGUGGUUGUGUGUUUCGGAAAGGUGAUUGGGAAGAUUACAAGUCUACAGUUCUGCGUCGAAAGGGUCCCGACGGUCGUACCUUGUCCAAUGCUACCGCUAGCACGGAUCUGGGAGGUGGUACUAUUCGUGGCUAUGACGAUGAUAACCUUACGUAUACGGAUAUGACGGAAACAGCGACCGAGAUUACCAAUGAGAAGGAAUCAGCACGAGGUGGACGAAAGAACAAGAGAAAUCUCAAAGAGACCGCAAAAGAGAAAUUACUGCGCAGGACCAAAGCGGAAAAAUGGGAAGGCGAGGCGGACGAUGAUAUGCGCGCUUACCGCCAAGAGAAACCUGCUCGUGUUGGUGGUAUAAAUCGGGAAGCUGAAGGCACAUACUACGGAACAGAGUAUACGCCAAGUUCUCCACCAACGGCAUAUACAGAGAGCGAGGUAUACCGUUCGCCGCCACAGCCGGAGGAAGAUCGUCGACGCAGAGACACACGCAACGUAUCUGGAUUCUCAUUUACGGCCGGUAGCGAGGAUGUCAUCAGUCAAGCGACAGAGGAACAUCUCAUUCGCGACCCGGCACAUACCCGGCGAGAAGCUCGUCGUCAACGUCGUGAACGCGAGGAGCGUCGAUCUCGUCAGAACAGUCCCCGCAAACAACAUCAAACGAAUCGUACAUCCAUGCCUGGAGGAUACACGGAGCCAUUGGAUUUCUCGUCUCGUGGAACCAAUUCUGAGUAUCAGUACUCGACCGUCGAUACUGAGGAUGACCUCGGCACUAGGAGCUAUCAUCAUCCCAUCCCGGGGUUGAGUAAAGGUUACCGUCGAGACAGAGACGGUGGUGGACGUCGCCGACGAGACAGUUUGAGCGAUAGUGAAUAGUUGUUUACUUUGUUCUCAGUUUUUGUUCUCUGUUUCUAUAGGUGUUUUCUCUCUUCCAGCUGGAUGGGUUCUGGAUUUAUGUAUGUAUGGUAUAUGAUUUCACGAGUUACUUUGCUUUCAGACUAGCAUGUUAAUGAGCAGCUCAAAUUGAACAGUCAGUGUACUUGA